CAACCAAGGGAAGGAGGGAAAGGAGCAGAGAGCGAGAGAGUGAACACAGGAAGAACACAGGGAGAUUUGUGGAGGAGAAGAAAGUGUAUGAUUUUUUUCCAAGAUUCAGGGCUCUCCUCCUUCUUUUUUUGCCUCUCACACACUCAUCAGUUUCUGUCGUCAGCUGCUCGCCAGGUCUCCCUCCUCACCAUGAUCCAGUCCCCCACCUCCUCCAUUGGACUCCUCCUCCUCCUGAUUGGCUACGCUGCGGCAGGUCCCGAGCCUGACCUGCGGCCUCGAGCGCUGCGUACAAGUGCCUGUCAGGAGCACACCAACCUUCACACCCGGCUGGAUGUAGUGGAGAAGAAGGUGGAGGACACCAUGGAGAAGUUGGAGGUUGAGCUUGCUGCUCUUCUGGACACUAUUGACGCACCAAAGUGGCGCCCCCUGUUGGACACUGCAGGACAGACAACAGUGGACAUCCUGGAAGAACCAUCACAAAGGGGCUAAACCAAAACCAACCACAUAUCCACGUGGGCGGGACUUAACAAGGCUCUUAAUUUGGACUUUGAAGGAUUUCAUCUGUUUCCAUGACAUAAUGCAACUCUUUUUAUACAUUGUGUGGAUACAUAUACUGUAUCUGUAAAUAAAAAUUACUUUUUUUUAUCUUGAA